UCAACAGCUGCAGCGCCGGGUGUGCGUUAGCAGUCAGGUACAUCAACAAGGUGAAAAAGAUAACCUGAUGGAAACGCAUGCGCACCGACACCGGCCUCUUUUCUGUAGUCGUUCCCGGCCUAACAUCUCCGCGCUUAAGUUUCAUUUCCAAAAUAGAGGAGGUUUCUCUGGGAUCAGAAAGUUUCGCCUAAUUCCGCAAAAGCGUGAGAUGACUUCUACCAAACUCGAUCCAAGCAGUUUAUUAUAACCAGGAACUCAGCAACAUUAGAAAGGAAAAUGGACCUCGAUCGACCUCCAGUUAAAAGUACAGAGCGGAAACCAAGUCCAAGACCCGUAUCCAACAUGGCGAAGCUAGCGGACGAGAUUGACCGGGAGUUCCUGACGUGUAAGAUCUGUCUGGACAGCUACAACAAUCCGAAAUGUCUCAACUGCUUGCACACAUUCUGCGAGCAGUGCAUCGAAAACCAUGUCAUGUCAGAGACUACCUACAAGAAGUACAGCGACUACAGAGACUUCACAUGCCCUCUCUGUCGGAAACGCACACAAUUACCUGUUGGCGGCGUCAAGAAACUACCGGACAACUUCCUGGUCUCAAGUCUCUCAGAAGUCAUCGGUAGAGAAAAACCGUCAAAGUUUCCAUUCUGCGAUAUAUGUAAAUUAGUGAACCACAAGCACCGAGAAGCGGCGUCUAAAUGUCUUGAUUGCAACAAGUUGCUCUGUAAGCCGUGCAUUGAACUGCACAGGGAAACCAAGGUCACGAAAGGUCACAACAUUUUCGAUGUGGAGAUCGAGAAGGAUAUUGAAUGCAAGGAACACGAGGAAGAGGUUGUCCGAUUUUACUGCGAGCCGUGCGAGACAUGCAUAUGCGUCCUAUGUACUUUCAACGAACACAAGGACCACGAUAUCUCAAGCUUCAACGAUGCUGUCAUCAAGUAUAAGGAGAACAUAGAAAAUCUUCUGAGGAACUGCCAGACGAAGAUACAGGAUUACCAAGCUGAAAUGAACACGGUUGCGGCAUGCGGGGAACUUAUUAAAGAUACUGAGAAUAAGAUUAAAGAGGUUGCUGCAGAAUUCAUGUCGCAGAUUAAGAGUAGGGAAAAGAUCCUCCUCGAAGAGGUCCGCAAUAUUUUCGGCCCCGAAACCGUCAACCUGAUUGAAAAUCGAGAUGAGAUGGCAGCAAAUCUAGACGGAUUAAAGAGCACAUGCAGUCUCACUGACAUUAUUUUGAAAGGCAAAGACAUUGAGCUCCUUCUGCUAAAGAAGCAGGUGUCGGAUAAGUUAUCCACACUCUCUGAUAUCCAAGUCACUACACUUCCAGCCUCUGUGAAUAAGAAGAUCAAAUACGUCCCGGGUAGCCUCGACAUGGGAUACGUGAUGGAUAUGGACCGCCCUCUAUUGACUAGGUUUCGCUCCACACGACCGUCGCUUCCCAAUCUCUCAGGUGUUGAUCUAAUAGAGUCGCCAGAGCUGGUAACCACAGAAUCAGUUGGCACCCAGACUGACCCGGUAGAUGCAAUGAAAUCGACUGAGCCGCCAGACAUGACAGAGAUAUCCGUCCAGGCGAACAUGAUAGAGGAGAAACCGAUUCUGUAUGAAAAAGGCUGUGGCACGGAUACCGUUGAGACUGAGGAAAAGGCUGUGAAUACAAGGUCCAGACAGAGCUCGAUCACAACCGGUACCAGCGGCACAUCGACGAGAAGAUCUGAGGUGAACGCGGCUGACUCUGGUGAGAACACCCCUGCGUCUCCAAGCUCAAACCGCCGCAGAAGACGCCGGGAACGCAACAAGACACAGGACUACAGUACGUUGAUUGAUGAUCAGCCCCCUACUAUCCCAAACAACUCGUACAGUACCUCUAAUAAUGCGUACGGCGCUGAGCCAGAUUCUGGAAGACGCCAGAGAAGAAGUCGAUUCCUUUAUGGGAGUGGAACCUCGUACGGACGUGACGGAAGCCCAAGUCCAGACAGAUUCUCAUAUUAUUAAGACGCGUCAACAAUGUGGAUACAGAACAAGAAACCUCCAACAGGACGACAUGUAUAUAAUCCAGUAACGAAGAGACAGCAUGGACUAACACCAUUUCAAUCUGUUUUACACGAUCUCCUGUCUUUUCUAGGUGGUUGUGUCAUCUGAGAAUGACUGAGCCCAACAAAAACAUUAUUCCACCACGCAUUUCGCAAACGCUGGAUGACCACAUCUCCUUGCUUUUCUAGGUGGUUACAUACUAGUCAUCGUGGUCACCAUAGUGUGUUGUACAGUGGCCAUUUCGGCCGGUCUAUAUCGCUGGUUCUCUUGACACAGAUUGGGAAAUAGGAACACGUGCAUUGAAUGGUCACAGAAUGCUCAGCAUCAAUUGUCAUCAAUGAUGGAUUUGAGACCACCUAUACUACUGGUGAUUGUUCAGUCUGUCGCAAGCGCGGUGUUGUACAAAGGCUUAACAGGUAAUGUGUCACGAAUGGCACAUAGCACAACUUCCAUGCUGAGCUUACAAAAUAAGCCGAGAACCAUUGCGCUAACUACGGACCGGAAAACUGUCUAUACAAAAGUUCUCACACAAGGACGGAAUUGGAAGCAACUGGGUUUGCUCUUUUGCCUACUCUCUCUCUGACUCGGCCCACCUUCUCUCUCGAUAUUCGGCACAUUCAUGAUCUAUCUACCAGUCUUGACCACAGCUUUACAGCUCUAUCUCCCUGCCAUCUUCUCUCGACUGUGCGUGCCCUGACUUGCUAUUGCUAUUAGGACAUCAUACUAAACGUCAAAGUUAGCCAAGGAGUGGGAUUUGGUGGAAUUUACUCUAACUGAUAAGUUUGGCCUGAUUUCGUUUGUAUGUAAUAUGACAGCGUGUUCGAAGAGUUAGAUAGGAUGUUUUUGUUGAAAGAAUUCCAGGAGAAUCAGAAUGAGACGUUUCGUCGUGAAGGUUUCGAUGAGUCUUCGCGAAUGAUAGUCGUUCGAAGAUGAAGGAGUGAGUUCAAGAUAGAAAUUGGAGUACGAGGCGAAAACGACAAGUCGUCUCUGCCUACAACAAGGCUCGUCGGGUGUAAAUAUUCAAUAAGAAACAUUAUGCUAUACAAGGAUAUGAAAAGAUCCAUCGAUCAGGAAUUAUGCGAAUUAGGAAAAUUAUGAAAAUAAGCUCAUGAAAAUUGAAGAAUGCGCUAUGACAUGUAUUCAUUUCUGUUUAAUGUGGGUGAUCCACCCAUUCCCGAUGACACGUUCCAUGCUUCCCUGUUGUAAUGUACGUAUGGAAAUUUGACGGAACACAAACCUGCGGCUUUCCGGGUUAUUCAGCGGCGCCUAUUAAUUUUGGUCGGAAAGGGGCAUGAUCGAGAGGGAGGGAACUCAACGGGAAGCCGGUGGUCACCCACAUGUCCUCAUUUAGUCUUAGAGUCUGUGAAGGUGCUAAUUGCAGAUGUGAUACACCUGUUUUAAUGUAUACAUUUCGGUGUUAUGACAAUUAGAACUGUAGUUUUUAAACACUUGUAUCAUACUUUGAUUGUAUUUAUGAGAUAAUACGUCCAAAGUUAUCUGGACGGACUGCGUGGUGGUGCUGCCAUGCAGGGAUGUGAUGACAUCAUCUUCGCCAACCUCACUCGGCUGUACAAAAAGUAUUUAUUCCAACAGGACAAUUUAUUUGACUGAAAAAUUUUAGGAAGGCAUAUCAUAAUGAUCAACGAUCAGAAACUGCUUGGUUUGACCCUGUCAGACAUAUACCGGUAGUACUUUGUCGCACUAGCUAACUUCCUCGGCGCAACCAAUAGAAGGAAAGAUGGCGUCGGUCAAGUUUGCGUGGAGAUAAAUGUAAGUGACUAUUGCACACACAUGUAGGUCACAAUCAGAUAAGAUUUAGUCGCAACUGUGAUCUCUCAAGCUGAAUAAAGUAAAUGAUAUGCC